AAUGAGUUCUUCUUAAGCAAAAUAGACUUCUCAAAUCACUAUAAAACCCCCUAAAAAUACCUACACUAUCAUCUAUAUCUGCUCGUAUAUAUGUAUACCCGUUUUAUUUGAAUUUGUACAGUCACCUAGUUCUUCUUAUCACCACCAAAACCCAAUUCACAAAACUAUUUCCUUCUUAGACUGUGGAUAGGAUAGACAUCAAAAAUCCAUUUCAGCGCGCUCAUAAAUGAAAAUAUAAUAUUUUCAGUCUUCCUGUGUCCUCGCUUUUGCCGCUGUCGUCCUUAAAAUAAAUGCAUAAAUGUAUAUAUUGAAAUAGCUUUCGCAGACAAAGAAGGACAAUCAUAAAACCGUGUCCUCCACAAAUGAAAAUAUACAAAAAAAAGACUGAAAAAGGAAAAUAGUGCCUACCACCAAAAAGCCUACAUGUCUUCACCCUCCCUUAUGCUUCAUGGCUUCCUAUAUUCGACUUUUACAGUGCUAUACUUAUAGAUACUGCUAUUUUGCAUCUCUUGGGUAGUUAUUUAUUCGAAGCAAAUAUAUUCUAAAGCAGUAAAAGCUAAAAGUGGAUAGCUAUACUUUCUAUAGACAGGUAUAAGUUUAUAAAACGAACGAACCAAAAAAUAAAAUCAAGAGGACACCAAAGAAGCACCACUGAUGUUCUAUAGUAACUACCUUUUGCAACAUAUCUUCUAGCUAUAUAUUCAUUCCAAGGAGUAUUGAUUAAACGACUCCUGCGAGGACGACGACGUCAGUUCGACUUAGUAACACGUUUGAUUACGUAUAGUAAACAAGGGGCAAGUCGUAAAACAAGUCACAUUCUCCUUGAAACUCGAAGGACUUCGAUUCCCUAGUGAGCGACGACAACUACGACAAACGACAAACGACAACUACAACGUCGACUAUAAACACAAAACAAAGGGCACAUCAAGAAAAAAAAACAAAGACUGAAGCAACAUAACCUUAAAUAAAUAAAUAAAAACAACAACAGCAACAAUGAACGAGCAUAAAGUUACAAAGAAGUCCUGUACAACGAUACUUUGCGAAUUGACACGUUUGAAAUCCCAACAAAAAUAUCUCGAAUGCAGCCAAGUCAAAUUGAAUCCUGAUAAUUAUGGUUCCAAUGAAGAUGAUGGUGAUGGUGUUGGGUCAAUUAUUCGUGAGAUUGAGGACUUAAAGAUCACGUUGGCGAGAGGUUUGGAGGAGCAAAAGAUGUCAGCCAAACGUGAGGUUGACAACAUGUGGAUUUUUGUCAAUGCAAUACGCGACGAUAUUCUCGAUGGAGAACGUUUGAAAAAAUAUUCUGUGCAAUCGAUUAGAGACAGAAUUCUUUCGAUAAAUUCAAUGUUGGCCAAAAUGACGGAGAAUAAUGAGCAGAAUUUGAAAGAACUUCAACAGAAGAUUUUAGAAAUCGAAAAGGAUACCAAGUUACUUUUGAAAUAAUUAUGCAUUUUGUAUAUAUCAUGAACUGUGUCUUUAUGGUUUUAUGUUAAAUAAAUUAAAUAAUUGAAUUUUGAUAUGACGAA